AUGAACAGCGUUUUACCACCACCUCCUCCGCGAUACACCAUCCCUGUCGCUUACGCGGCGGGUGCUGCCAAUGGUAUGGCGGUACCAGUUGUCGAGACGAAUAAUAUCAUCACCCAUCCCGAGGGGGGAUGUCCAUUGCAAGUGGGAGAAGGCACUUACACCCUGAAAGAUGACUUGCUUCUCGCAACGCCACCUCCUCAUCCAUCCGAGGCGCCAAUCAUCAACCCCAACCCAUUGGCCACAGAGCCGUCACCACCUACGGCAGGUGUUAAGCUUUCUCUCGUGAGCCUUGACCCGCGAAGGAAGCCCCCGACAUUUUUGAAAUCGGGAAUCACAGCUCCGCCCUUUGGCGAUGGAAAUGCGGCCCUUGCAGCCCCCGCAGGACCAGCAAAGGAUGCCAACAAACGGCGGAAACCGAAGAACAACAUCAUCAAGAGUAGUUCAUCCUUUGUAUCCAGAGUGAUCACGAACGAAACCUCGGCGAAGCGCCUCAACGAUCGCGACCCGACUGGUGUCUUCGCGUUUGCUAACAUCAAUCGAGCCUUCCAGUGGCUCGAUCUCCACUCUGCGCAGAAGGAAGAACACUUGACCAAAGUUCUUUUCACAAAAGCGCACAUGAUCUGCCACGACGUUAAUGAAGUGACCAAGACUUCGUCACACCUCGAUAUCGUCAUGGGCUCCUCGGCGGGCGACAUCAUCUGGUACGAACCGAUGUCGCAGAAAUAUGCUCGUAUUAACAAGAAUGGCGUCAUCAAUAACUCCCCGGUCACGAAUAUCAAGUGGCUACCUGGCUCUGAGAAUUUGUUUCUAGCGUCUCAUGCCAAUGGCGGGCUAGUUAUUUACGACAAGGAGAAGGAAGACGCCUUGUUUACCCCUGAGCACAUUUUGUCUUCCGAGGCCAGUCAUGUUCGAAUGCCUUUGGAGAUCCUGAAAUCCGUCAAUUCCAAAAACCAGAAGACCAACCCGGUCUCCUUCUGGAAAUUGGCCAAUCAGCGAAUCUCACACUUCGCCUUUUCACCAGACCACAGGCAUCUAGCAGUCGUUCUAGAUGACGGCUCGCUGCGACUCCUGGAUUAUUUGAAAGAAGACGUAUUGGAUGUCUUUCGUAGCUACUACGGUGGCUUGAUAUGUGUGUGCUGGUCCCCCGACGGAAAGUACAUCGUGACCGGAGGCCAGGACGACUUGGUCACAAUCUGGUCUUUCCCUGAGCGACGCAUCGUUGCACGAUGUCAGGGCCAUAACUCAUGGGUCUCGGCGGUAGCUUUCGAUCCCUGGCGCUGCGACCAAAAGACCUACCGAUUCGGUAGCGUUGGAGACGAUUGUCGGCUACUGUUGUGGGAUUUUAGUGUCGGCAUGCUCCAUCGACCUCGUGCCCAUCAUCAACAUUCUGCUCGACAUCGCAGCAGUAUCGUUGUGCCAAGCACUCAGACCUCGAAUCGUCACCGAGCGGACAGUGGUGCGAAUCGCGUUAGGUCCGAUUCUGGACUGACGGAGAAAUUUGAAGACGAUCCAGAUCCCCUGGCUAGUCACCCAGUUGAACCUCGGUCUCGGACGGCGCUCUUACCUCCAAUUAUGUCCAAAGUUGUUGGUGAAGACCCUGUCUGCUGGCUUGGUUUUCAAGAUGAUUGUAUUAUGACCUCUUCCUUAGAAGGACAUAUCCGAACUUGGGAACGACCCAGAGAUAGUAUCAUUAAAGAUCACCGUCUUUGA